AACUAAACCAACCACUCGCUUUGUCGAUCAAUUAAUUAGUUUAUUGGAGCUGCGCACCACCUGUUUGAUCUAUGCGCUAAACGGCCACAAAUAAAGGGACAAAGCGGGUUUACUCAGUGAAGAAAGUCCACAUCUGAAUCUUGGGAAAAACUGCAGAAAUGGAUGCAGCUCUUCUCGGUGACGAUGCAGGCAGCAGUGGUUGGGCGAGAGCGAGACGGAAUCAUCGGCGCGUGUUUGAUCGAAGAUCAGAGGCUAUCGCUCAUGGCUCGCCCUAUGAAAGGGCUGCUGCUUUGGUUGAUCUUGCUGAAGAUGGAAUCGGGAUACCUGAGGAAAUCUUUGACCAGCCAAGUUUCGGACACUCCUUAAAGUCAUAUUUGUUUUUUAUAAAAUUUGAUUUCCUUUGGAGCCUGAACUACUUUGCUCUAAUUCUACUGAAUUUCUUGGAGAAACCUUUAUGGUGUAGAGAGGAAUGUAACAACAGGGGAUACUACUAUCUAGGAGAGUUGCCUUACUUGACUAGUACUGAGAGUAUCAUCUAUGAGGCCGUAACACUCGUGAUUCUCACUGUGCAUACUCUCUUUCCAUUAUCAUAUGAAGGGAUUGGUAUAUACUGGAAGAGCCAUGUUAAUAAAAUUAAGGUGGUUUUUUUGUUAUUGUUGGUUAUUGAUCUGGUUGUCUUUAUCAUAUUUCUAUCUCCGGUGGGAAUCUAUACUCUUCCCUUCCGGCUUGCACCAUAUCUCCGAGUCGCAUUUUUCAUCCUUUCCAUCAGGGAGUUACGAGAUACAUUGGUCAUCCUGUUCGGAAUGCUUCUCACAUACCUCAAUGUCUUGGCUUUACUGCUACUAUUUCUUCUGUUUUCAAGCUGGUUGGCGUAUGUCAUUUUCGAAGAUACUGAUCAGGGAAAGACCACAUUCACUUCAUAUGGAACAACAGUGUACCAGAUGUUUAUCUUAUUCACCACUUCCAACAAUCCUGAUGUCUGGAUUCCAGCAUACAAGGCCUCACGGUGGUAUAGCUUGUUCUUUGUCUUAUAUGUGUUGUUGGGUGUUUACUUUGUCACCAAUUUGAUUCUUGCCGUUGUAUACGAUAGCUUUAAGGCUGAGCUUGUACAACAAGUUUGUGCGAAGGAUAAUGCAACAAAAAGGGUACUAAAGAAAGCUUUUAGCAUCAUAGAUGAAAGUGAUCUCGGUUACCUCGAUAAAGAUCAGUGCAUUCGCUUGUUUGAUGAGCUGAACAAAUACAGGACAUUGCCAAAAAUAUCAAGAGAUGAUUUCGAAUUAAUAUUCUACGAGCUGGAUGACAGUCAUGAUGUCAAGAUUAAUCUGGAUGAAUUCGUUGAUCUCUCGCAUGCAAUCGGACUCAGAUUUCAGAAGGAGGAUUCAGAACCUAUUUUCGAGAGCUGCUGUCCAACGUUCUACAGGUCAUACGCAUCUCAAAAGCUGAAAGAUUUUGUUCGUGGAGAAAAAUUCGGUUACGUUGUAGCCUUCUUUCUCAUCCUGAACUUUGUUGCUGUUGUUAUUGAAACAACGCUCGAUAUAGAGGACAAUUCUGCGCAGGAUGCUUGGCAAAAGAUCGAAUUCAUAUUUGGAUGGAUUUAUGUCCUCGAAGUGGCAUUGAAAGUGUAUUCCUUUGGGUUUGUGAAUUAUUGGAGAGAUGGCCAAAAUCGUUUCGACUUUGUAAUCACCUGGGUAAUUGUAAUUGGAGAAACAGCAACUUAUCUGUCUCCAAGUGGACAAACAUUCCUCUCCAACGGAGAAUGGAUUCGGUAUCUUCUAAUAGCAAGAAUGCUAAGAUUGAUUAGGCUCUUGAUGCAUGUUAAACAAUAUCGCGCUUUCGUUGCAACGUUCUUGACCCUCAUACCUAGCCUAAUGCCAUAUCUGGGGAUCAUCUUUUGUACCUUGUGCAUUUAUUGCUCUGUUGGUGUUCAGGUCUUUGGUGGUGUUGUUAAUGACGGAAAUCCAAACCUCAGCAAAACUGAUUUGCAAGAUAGCGACUACUUGCUCUUCAACUUCAAUGACUACCCUAAUGGGAUGGUAACACUUUUCAAUUUGCUGGUGAUGGGAAAUUGGCAAGUGUGGAUGCAGAGCUACAUGGAGUUGACUGAAACUAAAUGGAGUUAUAUCUACUUCAUCAGCUUCUAUCUCAUCACAAUCUUACUACUCUUGAAUUUGGUUGUGGCUUUUGUCUUGGAGGCUUUCUUUGCUGAGAUGGACCUUGAAUCUUCUGAGUCAGGGGAGGUCAAGGAAGAAACGAGGAAAUCACGAAGGCUUAUCGGUGCUAAGUCAAGGAAUCAGAGGGUCGAUAUGCUUCUCCACCAUAUGUUGAGCGCUGAGCUGAACGAAACGGCGGCAGAGGCAAUAGUGCCUUCCUCUCCCUAGAACGGCGCUAGUAGCGUAUGAUGCUUACCCAUAUUUAUUAGACAUUGAAGCAUUCAUUAUCUUCGAAGAUUUGGAUGCGAGGUGAAAAGGAGUUGAGCUUAAAGAAGAUGAAAUUUUUCCUCCAAUCAUCACAUAUGGAAUGUGAUCAUGUGUUUUUGAGGUUUUUGUUUGUUGCAGAUUGCAGAUUCAUGUCUCUCUCUCACUUGUGUAGCAAUUCUUGAAGAUUUUGCAACCUCUUGAUUUGAUUUUAAUUUAGGUUGUAUUUGAAUUAAGAUGGUUGCUAGUUUUAUGUUUACAAAUUCGGUGUGUUUAAUUAGGAUUUUUUCUA